UAGCUGACGUCUAACUGGUCGGGAACCAGGCGAGCCCGACCUCGGGGGCCUUUGAUCUCUAGGCGCCCAGGGAUUGGCUCCCAAAGGAAUCUGCUGAGACAAGAGUAGACCCCGUUCUGCCCGCCGCGGGGAUGAGUCAGGGGCUGGGCUGGGGGCGGGGCCGAGAAGAGGGGCGGGUGCUUCCGGCCCGCUUUCUCCCGGAUUCAGAAGACGUUUCAAGCCUAACUGCGCUGGAGCUUCUGCACUCUGAGCGUCAUAACCUGCACCAUGCCCAUGAUCCUGGGUUACUGGGACAUCCGCGGGCUGGCCCAUGCCAUCCGCCUUCUCCUGGAGUACACAGACACAAACUAUGAGGAGAGACAGUACUCGAUGGGAGAUGCUCCCGAAUAUGACAGAAGCCAGUGGCUGAAUGAAAAAUUCAAGCUGGGCCUGGACUUCCCCAAUCUGCCCUACUUAAUCGAUGGGACUCACAAGCUCACCCAGAGCAACGCCAUCCUUCGAUACAUUGCUCGCAAGCACAACAUGUGUGGGGAGACAGAGGAGGAGAUGAUUCGUGUGGACAUUUUGGAGAACCAAGUUAUGGAUGUCCGCUUUGCCAUGGCCAGGAUCUGCUACAGCCCUGACUUUGAGAAACUGAAGCCUGGUUUCUUGAAGGAGAUCCCUGAAAAAAUCAAGCUGUUCUCAGAGUUUCUGGGGAAGAGGCCUUGGUUUGCAGGGGACAAGCUCACCUAUGUGGAUUUCUUGGUUUACGACGUCCUUGACAUGCACCGCGUAUUUGAGCCCAAGUGCCUGGAUGCAUUCCCAAACCUGAAAGACUUCAUUGCUCGUUUUGAGCUGUGAGGAAGGGGGUGCAGCAGAGAGACCUCAGAAUUGAGAGGGGCCUGAAGAAGAUCUCUGCCUACAUGCAGUCCAGCCGCUUCCUCCCAGGCCCUCUGUUCCUGAAGCUUGCCGUGUGGGGCAACAAGUAAUGCCUCCAACCAGGAGAUGGGCGUGAGGAGCCAGGGCCCCGGAGACCAGGCGGACCUUCCUGCACACAGAACCUUCGGUGUUUUUCUUUCUCCUUCUGUUCACUCUAGAUGCUUCCUUGGCCCCCUUAUCUCCCUCCCACCACCCUUUUCAUCCAUCCUUUAAUUCAGUUUCCCACUUUUUUUUUUCAUUUUUUUUUUUUGCAAAGGUCCUCCCUGACCCCACAUUAUCCCUCCUGCACUAAAGCCACCCAGACUAUCCUUCCCUUCCAUGGUUGCUUCUGCUGUGAGGAGCCCAGCCAGAUCCCUGGCCCAUGGAGCUCUGCUCCGAGCUCCCAGCACUGCCCUGAAGACCAGACCUGGCCUGGUGUGCAGGCCCUGCUUCCCAGUGUGGUUCCUGCCCAGCCUGUCUGAUCCCCAGUAAAGCCUUAUCACACCUGA